GGGCUGGGCUGGGCUGCGGUGCCGGGCGGGAGCGCGGCCCGGCCUCCCCGGCAGCCCGGAGCGCUCUCGGAGCAUUGGGGUGCUCGGGGCAGCCCCUUGUCCUUCCCCCCAGACAGCACCCGGCCGGGCAUCGCGGUGACACACGGUCUGUUUGUGCCGGCUGCGAGGGCACUGGGGAGAAGAAGAAUGACUUAAUCAGCAUCCAGCCCUCGUGGCCAAGGCUGGAGCAGGGCUAGGGCUGCCAGGAACAGAGCAUGGCUGUGCCUGGAGCCUUACGGAGGCAGCCUGCCAACAGAGGCCUCGUGUCCCACUGCACCCACCAUCACAUUGUUGUGUUCCUGCUGACCUUCUUCAGUUAUUCCCUGCUCCAUGCCUCCAGAAAGACAUUCAGUAAUGUCAAAGUCAGCAUUUCCAGCCAGUGGACUCCCUCGCCCCGAAACAGCACAGCCCCCAAGCUCCAGCCAUGUGAGCUCUGGAACAGCAGCCAUUUAUUUCAAAAUUCAGAAGAAGCAACUCUAUUCCUGGGAACAUUGGACACCAUCUUUUUGUUUUCCUAUGCUGUGGGUCUCUUUGUCAGCGGCAUAGUUGGGGACCGCCUGAAUUUACGCUGGGUUUUGUCUUUUGGCAUGUGCUCCUCUGCUCUGGUGGUGUUCUCCUUUGGCACACUCACAGAAUGGUUGCAUUUCUACAACAAGUGGUUCUACUGCUGUCUCUGGGUUGUGAAUGGCUUGCUGCAGUCCACUGGCUGGCCCUGUGUGGUUGCUGUCAUGGGAAAUUGGUUUGGAAAAGCUGGGAGAGGUUUUGUCUUUGGACUCUGGAGUGCCUGUGCAUCUGUGGGUAAUAUCCUUGGGGCAUUCCUUGCCUCCUGUGUUCUCAAGUAUGGCUAUGAGUAUGCUUUCCUGGUGACGGCCUCGGUGCAGUUUGCGGGAGGAGUCGUCGUGUUCUUCGGGCUCCUGACGUCGCCGAGGGAAGUGGGCCUCCCUGAGCUUGGAGCAGAUGAAGAUGAAGCCAGUGUGGAAGAAGAUGCCAACAGACCCCUAAUGGGCGGUGAUGAUGUGGAUGAUGAUGACCAGAAUUACUCCAUUCAAGCAACUGACAAUGACAACCAGCCCAAGGCCAUUGGCUUCUUCCAGGCUUGCUGCCUUCCUGGUGUAGUACUGUACUCCUUGGCCUAUGCCUGCUUGAAGCUGGUGAAUUACUCAUUCUUCUUCUGGCUGCCCUUCUAUCUCAGCAGCAACUUUGGAUGGAAAGAAGCAGAAGCUGACCAGCUCUCAAUCUGGUAUGAUGUGGGAGGAAUCAUAGGUGGGACCAUCCAGGGCUUGAUUUCUGAUGUGCUGCAGAAGAGAGCCCCGGUGCUGGCAGUGAGCCUGCUCUUUGCUGUGGGCUCCCUCUUUGGAUACAGCCGUUCCCCAAACAGCAAACCUAUCAAUGCUGUGAUCAUGGCAAUUACAGGAUUUUUCAUCGGAGGCCCUUCUAACAUGAUCAGUUCUGCAAUUUCUGCUGACCUGGGGCGUCAGGAUCUGGUGAAAGGCAGCAGCGAGGCUCUGGCAACAGUCACAGGAAUUGUGGAUGGAACAGGCAGUAUUGGUGCUGCCGUGGGCCAGUAUCUAGUGUCUUUGAUCCAGGAGAACCUGGGAUGGAUGUGGGUUUUCUAUUUCUUCAUUCUAAUGACGAGUUCCACAGUCCUGUUCAUUUCACCCUUGAUAGUGAGGGAGAUCAGGCUGCUGCUGCACGAGUGGCGCCUGCGGAUGCUGGCAGAGUGAUUCUGCUCCCUCUGCCUGGACUGCUGGGUGCAACUGACAGCUGGGACACUCACCAAAGCUCUGGGAGACUUGUUGGGUACAUCCUCCAGGUUUGGACUGGUUCAGAAGGACUCCACAAGAUUUGAUUGACUUGCCUGUGGUGAGCUCAGUCGUGAAGCACCAAAUACCUGUCCUGAGACGACCUGUGUCGUGGAGCUGCUGACCUAAGCCAGACUAUCCAAGGGACUGAUGGAUUGUCCCAGCUUCCCAGACCCUUCCAGCAGUCACACCAGGGUCUUCUGUUGGGUGUUUCAUUCCUAUACCUUUUCUUAUUUAUUUCUGGAUUGCUGACCAAAGUCAGCUCUUUGAAACUGACGGUUUUCGGGAGGCUGUCUUGCAAUGAAUCUUGAUGCUCUUUUGUGCUGGUGAAAUCAUACAGUACAGUUCAUGGACAGUCCUAAAUUUCAGAUCACCUUAGCUUUUAGAAAGGGCAAAAAUAAUUAUUUGGGAUUUAUCUGUCCAGUUGUUUAAAAACUGCUGUUGCUAAAUCUCUGCACACAUGGACCUCUGCUAUCCCCAUCUUUUAACUGUUACGUAUUCCAGUAGAGUCACAUGAAGAAGUUACCUCUAUAUUUGUUUUUAACAUUUUUAAUAAUGUUACUAAUCUCUGAGAAAUGAGAUUUCAUUUUUUUAAACUAUUGAAGCAGACAAAUAGUGUGCAAUACUUUAUGUAAUCUCUGAAAUAAGCCUUAAUAGGUCCUUUGUGUCUAAAGGAUCCUUGGUUGGCUUCAGGGAUCAGUAAUGGGACACAAACACUUUCACUACUUUGUUCAUUGAACCUGACCAAUACUGACAAAAAUGGGUGUGAGGUGACCUUCUGAAGGAAACUGGUGUCACUGACUUCAUACUCCUUGGGCAAUUGCUCAUCUCUAGCAAA